GAGUUAAAAGACAGCUUGUGUAAAUUUUACUGAACUCACAACCCCUCACUCUCUCUCUCUCUCUCUAGCAGCGAAAGCUCUACACGGAACCACUCCAAGAAACAGAACAGAGCAAAACCAGAAACCUCACCUCAUAUUUAUCAUCCCUGGAGUCUGCCCGGCAUUGAUCUCGCAAUGAAGCCCGCUGAGAAUGGUUCCCCCGACGAGAGCAAGAACACGAACGCCGACAUGGGGAACGGCAGCCAGAUCUGGAGGGAACCCAGCUACGAGAUAUGGAGGAAGGACGAGGCCCCCAGUGGGGUGUCCAACGCCAAGGAAGGUGGAGAGUUCCGUUUCCAGCAGCAGAAGCCUGAGGAGGAGGAGGACCCGCCUUCGCAGCUGAUCGGGCAGUUCCUCCACAAGCAGAAGGCCUCCGGCGACUUCUCCCUCGACAUGGACCUGGAGAUGAAGGAGCUCAAGCAGGAGGGCAAUGCCGCCGAGGAGAUUACCAUCAUGUCCCCUGUCUUCGAGUCGCCGCUGAAGACCAGGUCCUCGCCGAGCGACGUCAGAGUCUCCUUCAAUAAGCAGGUCCAUAGCUCUAAGGGUGACGACGGGCAGGUAGUACGGUGCACGUCGAACGCCUCGUUCCGGAGCAACACGUCCAGCUUCAAGCGGAAGUCGAAUGUCCAGGUCAACAAGAACAAGUCCCGGCUUCUGGACCCGCCCGAGCAGAAGACCCCGAAGUCCGGGAUGCUGCCCGGGAAGCGACCGGAGGAGGAGGAGGAUGACCCCUUCCUGGAGGACGAUCUGCCCCAGGAGUACAAGAAAGGGAAGCUCGGUCUGCUCACUCUGCUAGAAUUCGUAAGCUUGCUGUUGAUCAUUGCUGCUCUUGUUUGCAGCCUUGCUGUUCCUUAUCUUAAGCAUAAGAGGCUAUGGCGGCUCCAGUUGUGGAAGUGGGUAGUGAUGGUGUUGGUAUUGAUAUGUGGGAGAUUGGUUUCUAGCUGGGGGAUUAGGAUUGUCGUCUUCUUCAUUGAGAGGAACUUCCUGUUGCGCAAACGGGUUCUUUACUUCGUCUACGGGCUCCGGAAGGCCGUCCAGAACUGCCUGUGGUUAGGCUUGGUUCUGAUCGCUUGGCACUUUCUGUUCGAUAAGAAGGUCGAGAGGGCCACGAACAGCAGGAACCUCCAGUAUGUGACUAAGGUUCUGGUCUGUCUGCUGGUGGGAACCAUAAUUUGGCUGGUCAAGACUCUGGUCGUGAAGGUCCUGGCUUCGUCGUUCCAUGUCAGCACCUACUUCGAUCGGAUCCAGGAGUCGCUUUUCAACCAGUACGUGAUUGAGACCCUUUCGGGGCCGCCAUUGAUUGAGAUGAAGAAGGCUGAAGAAGAGGAGGAGAGGAUGGUGAUUGAAGUCGAGAACCUGCAGAAGGCUGGGGCUUCGAUUCCCCCUGACCUCAACGAGGCCAUGUUUAAACGAAGUAUGAGCGGAAGAGUGAUCGGCAGUGGGAGAAAAAGCCCUACGAGCGCGAGAGCGAUCAGCAGUGGGAGGAUGCAGAAAAGCCCCAAGGUGGGGAAGGAGCAGGGAGAUAUUGGGAUUACGGUCGAUCAAUUGCAUAGACUGAGCCCGACGAAUGUCUCGGCUUGGAAUAUGAAGAGGCUGAUGAACCUAGUACGAUAUGGCAAUCUCACUACUUUAGAUGAGCAGCUCUCAAAUCAGAAUGAUGAGUCCUCCAAGCAGAUAAACAGCGAGGCUGAGGCUAAGGCUGCGGCUAAGAAGAUCUUCCACAAUGUGGCACGACAAGGAUCCAAGUAA